AUGCCAAGCUUUGGAAGCAAUCGCUCGCCUUCAUUGAAGAAGAUGGAGUACAGCAAUAACAAUCAUGGCCGCUUUGGCGGUGCCGGCAAGUUCAGUAUGGGCAACAUCUUCGGCGAUCCAUUUUCAUUGGCGACCAUAGGCAUUGCUAUUGCGGGCUGGUUAAUAGCGUUCGUUGCCUCCAUUAUCGCAAGUCUAUACGGAGAGUACCCGAACUACUCGUGGUGGACGAUCGCAUAUAUGCUGUGCGUCAUUAUCGGCAUUAUUGUGGCGGUGGGCUAUGAUGCGGUGUCUACAUACCACGUAGCCAUUGUGGGCUUCUUGGCGGCUGGCAUGGUCUUCACUACAUCGUCCGUCAAUUCGCUCAUUUACUGGUCACUUGGCUCGAAGGAGGCUGCAGCGGCAGGCUUCAUUCUCUUGUCCAUGGUUUCGAUCGUAUGGAUCUUCUACUACGGCUCGCAACCCUCAGCAAGCCACCGUCAAACAUUGGACUCUUUCGCACUACACAAAGAUCACGCACCAAGCCGAAGCAGCAGACAUGUGACGCAAUCAUAUGCCGGUCGGCCAGAGACAACGCACUCCGGAAACCAAGCGCCACAAAUGUACAACCCAGCAACACUAGCCGGCUUCGAAACCGCCUCACCAGUAACCGGCUACGCGGGCGGACCAACCGGCGCAACAAGCAAAGGCGCAAGCAGUCCCGCCUUCCCAACAUCAUCACAAACACCACAACAACAAAACCUAGCACCAACACAGCCCACGACAUCCGCCUCCGCCACCGCACCCUCACAACAAGGAAGCGAGGCGGUCGAGUAUCCGUACCGCGCGAAAGCCAUCUACAGCUACGAAGCCAACCCGGACGACGCGAACGAAAUCUCCUUCUCCAAGCACGAGAUCCUGCAGGUGAGCGACGUGUCGGGCCGGUGGUGGCAGGCGAAGAAGGAUAACGGCGAGGCGGGCAUUGCGCCGUCAAAUUAUCUUAUUUUGCUAUAA